AUGACCUACAAUACCGCCCGGGCCAGGUGUGAGGGACCGGGCAGGAAGUUAGAGAACCGGCUCCAGGGCAUGACCUGCUUAUCUGGACUAAGGCAGCGGUGGCCAUGGCGAGAGUCCUUAACAGAAAGGUCCUUUGACAGAACUAAUUCCAAGGAAGGACGGCUCAUUAUGUCGAUGGCAGUACCUUUUGACGCCCAACAUGGCUUCCAUUACCUUUCCCAUUUAUAA